AUGACUUCAGCCUCCUCUUUCCCCACUUCCUCAAUUCAGCUUCUCCCACAGGUCCAGGAGCAGCUGCAUCUCUGAGGAGAUGCUGGUGGCUUCAGGGUCACACCUCACAGACUAAGGUCCCAGACAAAGCCAGUCUGAGUGACAGUGGCUGAGCAGGCGCCCAUGAUCCAUGGGCCACGUAUGCAGAGCAGGCAGCCGCUGCCAUGCUCCAGGCGGCCGGGCCGGGGGAGCCGGUGCUCCCGGGAGGGAGGCAAGCCCUUCGUGUUAACCCUUUUGCCCUGGGCUGGCUUUUGUGAUGUGGCCACCUCCACUGGCCCCCUGGACGGGCUCCAUGGCCUUUUCUGAACUCCUGGACUGUGUGGGCAGCCUGGGCAGAGUCUGGGUUCUCCAGACAGUGGCCCUGGUGGUCCCCAUCAUGUGGCUGACCACUCAGAACAUGCGGGAGAACUUCUCGGCUGCCGUGCCCAGCCACGGCUGCUGGGUGCUCCUUGUGGACAACAGCACUGCCCAGGCCAGCAUCCCUGGGGCCCUGUGCCCCGAAGCCCUCCUGGCCAUCUCCACCCCACCAGGCCCCAACCAUGGGCUCCACCAGUGUCGCCACUUCUGCCACCCACAGUGGCAGCUCCUGGACCCCAAUGUCACGGCCACCAACUGGAGCGAGGCUGCCACCGAGCCGUGCGUGGACGGCUGGGUCUAUGACCGCAGCACCUUCACGUCCACCAUCAUGGCCAAGUGGGACCUGGUGUGUGACUCUCAGGCCCUGAAGCCCAUGGCAUCCAUCUACCUGGCUGGGAUCCUGGUGGGAGCUGCCGUGUGUGGCCAAGCCUCUGACAGGUUUGGGCGCAGGCUGGUGCUGACCUGGAGCUACAUUCAGAUGGCCGUGUCGGGCACUGCAGCUGCCUUUGCCCCCACCUUCCCCAUGUACUGCCUGUUUCGCUUCCUGGUGGCCUUUGUCGUGUUGGGUGUCAUGAUGAACACUGGCAUUCUCUGUAGGGCCCUGACCCCAGGCCAUGCAGGGGAGGCUCGUGCCGGCUCCCAGACUGACCCAUAGGGUCUCCUUGCAGUGAUGGAGUGGACGUCAGUGCAAACCCUGGGCUUCAGCUGCGGCCAGGUCCUGAUGGCUGCAGUGGCCUAUGGUGUGGUGUGCGUGACUGCACUGCUGCAGCUGGCUGUCUCCACCCCCUUCUUCCUCUGCUUUGUGUAUUCCUGGUGGCUGGGGGAGUCAGCACGAUGGCUCAUCAUAAUGGGCAGGCUGGAGCCGGGCCUGCAGGAGCUGCGGAGGGUGGCUGUCAUCAACAGGAAGAGGGCAGUAACGGAGCCCCCCACCCCCCAGGUCUUGCUCUCAGCCAUGCAGGAGGAGCUGAGUGUGGGCCAGGCUUCUGCCAGGGGCGCUCUGCUCCGCACGCCUGGACUGUGCCUCCGGACCUGCGUCUCCGCCCAGUGCUGGUUUGCCUUUGGGUUUGCCUUCUUCGGCCUGGCCCUGGCCCUGCAGGCCCCAGGCGGCAACAUCUUCCUGCUCCAGGUUCUCAUCAGGGUCGUUGAUAUUCCGGCAAAGACCGGCGCCGUGCGGCUGCUGAGAAGCCUGGGCCGCAGGCAUACGGCGACAUCCCUGGUGCUAGCCGGGCCCCGCAUCCUGGCCAAGACACUGGUGCCCCCAGAUAUGGGGGCCCUGCCUUCAGCCCUUACCAUACUGGGGCUCGGUGGGGUGGGGGCCGCCUUCCACUGCAUCACCAUCUAUACUGGCGAGCUCUUCCCCACCAUGCUCAGGAUGACCAUGGCAGGCCUGGGCCAGAUGGCGGCCCAAGGGGGAGCCAUCCUGGGGCCUCUGGCCUGGCUGCUAGGCGCACAUUGCGCCUCGCUGCCCCUGCUGGUGUAUGGGGCAGGGGCAGUGCUGAUCACCCAGAGCCUGCCGCUGCCUGACACCAUCCAAGAUGUACGGAGCCAGGCGGUAAAGAAGGCAACACACAGUGCCCAGGGGCAUCCUGUCCUAAAAUCCAUACGGUUUUAGGCCUCCUGGGAAGCCUGCGAUGGGAUGGUGGGAAGAGCCUCUUCUCUGCAGAAGAAGAGCAAAGGCAUCGAUUUCUGGAGGGCCUGGGGGCUGCCCCAUCAGCCAAGCCCAACCUCUCCCUGCUUAAGGAGCUGCCUUCAACACAGAAGGGGGCAAAGGGUGGUGUGACUGGCAGGAGGCUGCCUAGGCCACCAGCACCCGACCUUCCCUCAAGGCUGCAAAGAGGAUGGGAGGCCGGGUCAUAGAAGGGGCAGGACUCAACCGUGUGCUCCCCUCACUGCCUCUGAGCUCAGAGUCUGAGCAUCCCCUGUGCUCAAAACCUCCCCACACUCCAGCCAUACGGCCAGUGCCCCCGGCCACGUCUUCUGCUUGCAAUGCCUCUGCCACCUUCUCCACCUGACGUACACCCCCACUCAGGCUCCCAGACCCAGGGCAACGGCCUCUUUCUGAGGCCCAGCCCAAGGCACUAGUGAAAUUCUUACCAUGGCCACAGCCACAGCUUGUACCCGACCCCACAAGCCUAUGAAUUCCCAGAGGGUUGAGGUGGUCCACUUCCCAAUAUCCCCAGCUCCCAGGGGCACUGGUGUGAAGGAGAUGAGAGAGUGAACAAAGGAACAAAUGAAUGCCCCUCACUGACUCCAGUGAUGAGUCCCAGGGUCUGCCCAGGUUGGGGGCUCUUGUUGGGCAGCCCUGUCCCAGGCCAGCUUUCCUGCCCCAAGUGCCAGCCGUGUGGCUUCUCUUUCCAGCCCCUGCUGUAGGCCAGGCGCCAUGCUGGACGCCUCAAGGCAUCAUCUCACCUCUUUUCCUGAACCCUUUGAGGGAGAUUUGCCCCAUUUCACUUAGGGAAAAACUAAGGCUCGGAGAAACUGAUUACGUGUGACACACAGCUAGGAGGGGGCAGAAUCAGGAGUCACGCCCAGGUCUGAAGGUCUCCAGAGCCCAGCUCCAGCCACAACACGUCCAGCCUACCCUCCGUCCUCACAACUGGGGAAGCCGUCCAGUGAUGCUUCUUAAGGCAGGAGCUCCCUCAGAACCACCUCAAGGAGGAAGGGCAUAGCUCUAGUGGUAGAGUGCAUGCUUAGCAUGCAUGAGAUCCUGGGUUCAAUCCCCAGUACCUCGUCUAAAAAUAAAUAAACUUAAUUAUCUACCCCCAAAAGUUAAAAAAAAAAAAGGGAAACAUCUUGGACCCCGUCCCCCAACACUGCUUAGAGGGGAACCUGGAACCUGGAACCUGGUGCAAGGACUUAGACAGAA